AAGAAGGGGGGAGGGAAGGUAGGAGGGAGACUGAGAUAGGAGUGAAAACGCCAGAAGAGAAGAAAAGGGCAAGGAGGGGCAGUCAGCCAGGUCAGGGGCAGUUGAGGCCCAGACCUGGGAGGAGAGAGCCAGGGUCAGUGAGAGCAGGACUCAGAGCAAGGACCAGCAGCCAGGCAGAGAUGGGCAAGAGGCUUUGAGAAUGGAGAGGUGACCUAUGGGCCAGUCACCCAGAGUGGAGUGGUGGGCAGAGAGGUGGGAAGUGGCAGAAGCUGCCAAGAUGGUCUGAGGGGGGCAUACCACCAUGCUGCCCACAAGCGGGCGUGGAGGUCCAGCCAGGCCCCCACACUGCGGGGCUGGGAGGGUUUCUCUCUGACAUUUUUACUAGUCUCGGAAGGAGGAGGAGGUGGUGGAGGUGGAGGAGACCAAGGGGGCGGAGAAGGGGGCUGGGGGACAAAAGGAAAGCAGCUGCUAGGCGUCCUGAGAAAGGAGAGGGGAGAGAGACCCACAGAGACAGGGUCCAGGGACAGUGGAAGGGCCUGGGGCUGCCAUCUGGGAGCCAGCCCCACACCCCCGUCCCCAGGGGCUGGAGGGGCUGAGACAGACAGACAUCCUUCAGACAGAUAGAGCAGACAAGGAAGGGGUGUCAGAGACAGAGAGACCAGACAGACUGACAGGAGACGGGAAGAGGGACAAGAACACAACGAGAAGGACAAGGAGAAGAGAGAGGGCAGGGCAGGGGAGAGGAGAGGAGAGGAAGGAAAAAGAGAAGGAGAAGGAAAGGGAAAGAAAGGAGAGGAGAGGAGAGCAGAGUUUUUGGGCCACAGCACCAGGAGCCUUUGAAGCUGCAGGCGGUGUCCCCAGGGCCAGGGGUCAGGCCAGGUCACCAGCAUCGUCGUGGGCAGGCCCGCAGCAUGAAUGGCCCCGCACUCCUGAGGAGAAAUGCUAGCAAACGGGGCCUGGAGAAGCUGCUGAGGCUCACAGCUCAGUGGAAAGAAGAAGACCAAGAAGAGGCUGCCCGUGAACAGCGCCAAAGGGAACGAGAGAAGCAGCUGCAGGACCAGGACAAAGAUGAAGAGGAAGGCGAUCGUUCCCUGGAGCAGACAGGGCAGCAGACACUCCUCAGGAUAAAGUCCUCUGAACUGGAUGAAGAUGAGGGUUUCGGUGACUGGUCCCAAAAAAUAGAGCAGCGGCAGCAAACCUGGGGGAACGAGGGGACUGCAGAGGGUAGUGAACCCUCUCAAAGUGAGAGUCCAGAGGAAAAGCAGGCAGAGGACAGUUCUCACCAAACCAACGUUCACCUAGAGAAGUUGUGCCUGAACCAGGGGGAGCAUAAUCCAGAGGAUGCUGUUGGGAAUUCUGGGGAGACAGAAGAGCACCUGACAAGUCAUCAGGCCAGGACUCCCAGCCCUUUGGCUUUGGAAGAGACUGUGAAACUGAGUUCACCUCCCCUAAGCCCCACCACCAAACUGGCAGAUAGGACGGAGUCCCUGAAUCGCUCCAUACAGAAGAGCAACAGUGUGAAGAAGUCCCAGCCAACCUUGCCCAUUUCCACAAUUGAUGAACGCUUGCAGCAGUAUACCCAGGCCACUGAGUCUGCUGGUCGAACUCCCAAGCUGUCCCGACAGCCCUCCAUAGAGCUGCCCAGCAUGGCUGUGGCCAGUACCAAGAAUCGUUGGGAGACAGGAGAGGUACAGACUCAGUCAGCUUCCAAGACACCCUCCUGCCAGGAUAUUGUAGCUGGAGACAUGAGCAAGAAAAGCCUGUGGGAGCAGAAAGGAGGCUCAAAGACCUCAUCCACCAUCAAGAGCACCCCAUCUGGAAAGAGGUACAAGUUCGUGGCCACUGGACAUGGGAAGUAUGAGAAAGUGCUUGUGGAUGACAGCCCAGCGCCAUAGAUCAUGAGAGACUCCAGUCAGAAGCCACUCCCAGCCCUGACCAAGAAGUUGCUUCCCAUUGCCAGUCUGGCCUGCUCUUGUGCCUCCAACAACCCAGCUGCCACUCCCCCCUCCUUUUGCUCCUGGACCCUCCAUCUUCUAUGCCCUCUUACUCUUUGAUAACCCCCCCACCUCUGCCUCUCACCAUCAGUUAAAGGGACAACUCCCUAGAGGAGCCAAGAGCUCCCAAGGAAGGAUGGAGGAGAGAAGGCCAGCAUCCCAGUCAGAUCCAAGGGGUACCUGUCCCCAUGCUGAAUGUUCAGGACUCUGAGUCCCUUUUUUUAUGUGUAAUAAAGCAUCUUGAAUGGCC